CGAGACUUCGCGGGACUGAAGGCGCCAGCCAAGCGAGCGGGUGAGCGAGGAGCUCCCGCGCACGCGCAGUGAGGCCCGUCUGCCCGACCUUCAGCAGGGUUCCACCAUGUUCUCCCGGGCGAGCGUUGCUGGGCUGUCGGUCUGGGCCUUGCAACCGCAAUGGAUCCAAGUUCGAAACAUGGCAACUUUGAAAGAUAUCACCAGGCGACUGAAGUCCAUCAAAAACAUCCAAAAAAUUACGAAGUCUAUGAAAAUGGUAGCAGCGGCAAAAUACGCCCGAGCUGAGCGGGAGCUGAAACCAGCUCGAGUGUAUGGCAUAGGAUCGUGGGCACUGUAUGAAAAGGCUAACAUUAAGGGACCUGAGGACAAGAAGAAACACCUCCUCAUUGGUGUGUCCUCGGAUCGAGGGCUUUGUGGUGCUAUUCAUUCCUCGGUGGCUAAACAGAUGAAGAAUGAGGUGGCUUCGCUCACUGCAGCUGGAAAAGAAGUUAUGCUUGUUGGAAUUGGUGACAAAAUCAGGGGCAUACUCUAUAGGACUCAUUCUGACCAGUUUCUGGUGUCAUUCAAAGACGUGGGGCGAAAGCCCCCUACUUUUGGAGAUGCGUCAGUCAUCGCCCUUGAAUUAUUAAAUUCUGGAUAUGAGUUUGAUGAAGGCUCUAUCAUUUUUAAUGAGUUCAAAUCUGUUAUCUCCUAUAAGACCAAGGAGAAGCCCAUCUUUUCUCUCAAUACCAUCGCAUCUGCUGACAGCAUGAGCAUCUAUGAUGACUUGGAUGCUGAUGUGCUACAGAAUUACCAGGAAUACAGUCUGGCCAACCUUAUCUACUACUCCCUGAAGGAGUCCACCACCAGUGAGCAGAGUGCCAGGAUGACGGCCAUGGACAACGCCAGCAAGAACGCAUCUGAGAUGAUUGACAAAUUGACCUUGACAUUCAACCGUACCCGCCAAGCUGUCAUCACGAAAGAGUUGAUUGAAAUCAUCUCUGGGGCUGCUGCUCUGGAUUGAUGAAAACCAAAUUACGUCCUCAGACAAGAGGUAAAAGGAGGAAAACUAAGCAAGCUGAUUUUGUUUAUAACUGAUUGCUGUCUUUGUCAGAAGAAAUUUGGUCCACUGAAUUACAAAGACUGCCAGAUGUUUGUAAAUUAUCUUACAAUAAACAACUUAAAAUGUGAAAA